AUGGGUACAAACGACGCUUCGAGUGAAUGUUUGACAGACUCGUGGUUGAACUUGGUGGCGAGUUGCUUGAAGGUAUUGCGAGCGUCGCCGCACGACGUUGCUGAUUGCUGCGCGGCCCCGGUACUUUACCUUCGGGAAUUUCUAUCGGAGACAGAAGUCGCUUCUUUCUUUGAUUGGGCACAUACUGAGCAGGUGAUGAAGGUCGAGCAGUACCUGGACUUCUUGGGCCAACAGCCUGAUACUGCACACUUUACGGCCUCGUCCAAGGCGUCUGUCAGCUUCGCGAAGCUUAACGAAACUGCUGUGACAAGUAUCACCAUCGACACGGAUGGACUUGUGGAUGGUACCUCCGGUCCAAAGGCGUCAGCACUGGUACAGCAACUGCUGGAAGGACGGACUCGCAGCGGGUUCGGCGCUUUCGGCACAGAAGUGGGAUUCUUGCCACAAAAAAGACUGAGUUUGGCUGUCGCCAACGUUGUCAAAGAGAUCGGCCAUACGUACGUCAUGGAACACAAUAAGCGUGGUAAUGUAGUCUUAAACAGUCGUAGCUUCUUCUUCUACUGGUGCCACGCGGAAAAACAGAAGCUCAUGGAUGUUCGAGAGAAGCUGGUAGCAAGGGACAUUUCGAUACAAAUGAGGUGCCUCUUCUGGCAACAGCUCGUAAUUGUCGUGGAUAGAGCCAUGUGCGAUGACUGCAUUCAAUUCGCAACGUGCUUUGCACGUUUUGAGAAGUCGUUUAUCUGCAUACAAGACCCAGCUGUAACGCGGAGUUUUCCUCCUUCUAGCACUCAACAAGUCCGUGUCAGUGACACUUGA